AUGCCCGAUCCGCGGCCGAUGGUGCAGGAUGGGUCGAGGUCGUCUGAGCUUGGCCGCUCUGCCAGCUACAAUCACAUCCCCCAGCUGCUCGCCGACCCCGAAGCGAGCAAUAUCAAGAGAACGAUAUCUGAAGUGAACCUCUCGCAGCUUGCGGCUGAUGCGCAAUCGCCUACGCACCAGCUCGACGUUGAGACUGGGAAAAGUAUUCUACGGCAGGCCUCGCUGAGAGAGAAAGCGGGCCAGAGACGACCUGCUCGAAACCCGCCGGCGGCUACCUCUACGGACAGCAAUAAUACUAAUAAUACCCCUUCACCUUCUCCGAACGCCAACCCGAGUGCCAACCCGAGUGUCGAGGUGACUACCGUGCCCAGGGCAUCUACAGAACGACCCCGCAAGGGCUUCUCGAAGCAGUCGUUUGCAAACUUGACUCUCAAGCCGUGGAAGACCUCACGAUCGCCCUCUCCGGCACCCCAACCCUCGCCCGACGCUAAAUCAGCGAAUGACGCCCUGGAAAAGACAUUGACAGGCGGGUCUUCGAGUACGACAGGUACCCUGUCUGUCAAAACAGCGGAUUCGGCGUCUACUGCUACCACGGAAUCGGCGGCUACCUCGCCAGUGGAAUCUACCGGGGCUACCACUCCAAAGCGAGGCCGAAGACCUGCCAGCAUAAUCUCUCUUAAAAGCAAGGCUCAGUUCGAAUCCAAGGGUACAAGGGAGUCUUCAUCACAAUCUCUACGCCGGAGGCCGUCGUGGGACAGAAUGGUGGCUUCUGUUAGCCUGUCUAGUAGUAAACAGGAUGUCCCUCCAGUUCCACAAGUUCCUACAUCACAGACAUCCCGACUAAAACCCGAGUCCCCGAAAAAGAAGGACGAACUGUGGCAUGUUUUCAGGGCACUCGAUGUGGACUACCAAAAAUUUACCGCAAAAUCUACAUCCCUCAAAGUCAAUGUCCUCCGUUCUUCGCUCUUACCCGUCCUAUCCCGCAUCUUAAACCAUACCUCCAACCAUCGACUCCGGCCAGAAGAUCUAGACAGGCGUACAAACAUACUUAAUAAAUGGUGGACCGGGUUACUGGAAUUACUGAACGGGCGAAACGGCCAGUCCAUCACGGGGACAGACCGACCUGUCUACCUUGAAUCGAUCGUUGCUAUCAUGACUCGACCCGAAUGGCGAGUCCCUUUUCAGUCAAACACCUCGAGCUCGACGUCAACGUCUACCUCGAGAGUAGACCUAGCCGCUAGAUCUAACACAUCCCUCGAGUCAACCGGGUCGGACUUCCUUGCCGAAUCAAUCCACCAUAAUAUCCGUAAUACAUUCAACCAAAACUUGCUCUCCCAAAUUGCCUACUCCAUUGACCGAAUGUCUGUAAGACAUACCCCAGCUAGCUUGGUUUCCUUUUGUGGGAAAACCUGUGCCUACGCCUUUUUCUUCUGCCCUGACGUGGCCGAUGUACUUGUCCGACUCUGGAAUAUACCCCCCUCCAUACUCCGAAAUGUGAUAAAUGAGUUCGAUGUCAACCAUAACCUAGUCGUCAGAGGCGUCAUGUCAGAGGAGAUCUCGGCGCAGUUUCCCCUGGCUGUACGGUCCCUUUCAUUUUCCGGCCAUUCGUCCUUUGUGCGGUCUUUACGGCGUAAUACUCCAGUUCCACUUGCUGCUGCUCAAAUUAACUGGUUUGGCCCCUGGGCACCUCGCUGGGCAGGUCGUGAUACCGACCUUUUCUUUGUUUUCCUGAAGCAUUUCUACCUUCUCAUAACGGACUUGUUACCCUCCAUUAGCGACAUGUCGAAACGAAUAUACGUUCCCGGUUUCAUUCCCGUACACGCGCAAAUGUUAAUUGUCCUGCAAAAUACACUCAGCAAACACACAGGGCUGCAGCCGACAGACGCGCUGCACAGUACAGGAUCAGCCACUUUCGAUGAUUUACUAGAUGGGGCGGAUACAUCUGCCAGCCUACCCCUGAGACAGACAAACUCUUUAAUAUUAAUGUCCGAGAGCAGAUUGAUCAUGACUUUGCGAGACUUCCUUGCUGAUUCGUCAAUGCAACAGCUAACUAAACAGCUAUUCGUCGAAUCAUUUUGCAAUAUCUUGAAGCUUGGCGCGCGGAAGACGUCUUUAUACGACCAUAAUGCAUGCUUUGCGCUAUGCGACUUUGUCGAGGAACUUAUCCCAAUAUUACCUCCUUACUGUCGUACGAAUGGCCUAGCCGACCCUCUUGACUGGGACUUCUGGCUUGAUGUUUGCCUUGAAAUGUUGAAGAGCAAUAAUUCACUUACAGAAGUCAGGACUUUUGCUUUCAUAUUUGCAGGUUGGGGAGAGAUUAACUACGAUCCCAGGAGAAAAGAACGGUUAUGUCUAGAUAUGCUCCUUGGCAAAGAUCUUUUCAAGCGGUAUUUUGGCCAUUGGAGCCCAAUGGUUCGCGGGUACUACCAUCGACUGAUCUGCUGGAGGUUAGCACGACAUGAUGGCGGCCCACAGUCGGAUCUUGAUACUCGUAUCUACCAAACGUUGUUCGAUAGACUGGGACAAGUUUGGGAUCAGUUCGUUGCACACCAAUCGAUCGCAGAGAAAGGCUUAGUAGCACCCGUAUCAACCGCUCCCUGUACACCAGCUCCAGGCCGACGUAUUAUAAUUAUUCGAAACGACUAUUUCCCACCAGCUCCAAGCAUGUUCGUGUGCCUAGAUAACAUUCUCCCGCCUUCGAUGGCAGCCCGUGCUCCUCUUAAUGGAGAAUCUCCGAAACAAUCCCAAGCGUCCACAGCGGAACCGGACACUUCAUCGCCUCAGAUAAAGAAAACUUGGAAAAUGCUAAGAACUAUGUUCAAGGGCAAUACGAAUCCCAAACCUGGAGAAGUAACUCCCCCCGGCAGCUCUAGUCCAGAAACUAGCUCUACACCUCCUAGCGAAGGUCGCAAGGCAACUGAAGACACGAAGCCUCAGCCCGAAGAUGGAACAAACUCGCCUCCCGGCUCUGGCUCAACCACAACACAGCGCCAGGCCUAUACCUUCCGGUUCUGUCUUGAAUGGAUUGAUCGCCAGAGGUGGCCUAGUAGAAACAGACAGCUCUACCCACCUUCACUGCCCGCACCAGCCCGUCUAUUCCUUCACACCCUUCGGAAACCACCAAUAAAUACCUCUGACUCAAGUUCGGGCUCUAUGUCCCAUUCACGCUCAGGCACUGGAUCCGACGAUGGAUCUGAAACAGAUUCUGCAGAAGAAACUGAAUCGCACAUCACCAACGAAACACUGAGUGUCGACUCGGCUGCUCCGUUGACCAACAACAACGUAUCAAAGACCCUAUUUGCCGCCCCCAUUCAACCACCAGACAAUGGACCCAGUCCCAUGAACAAGUACGUUGGUCGAGCACUUGCCGAAUGGGCCAUGGUUGUAUCAGAGUGUGAUAACUUCUUCGAACGACGGCGCGACGAAGGCGUCCCUUGUGACCGAUUGGUCGAGGUCCCAACUCUGGGUGCCGACAGCUUCCGGAAAUAA